UACAAUUACCUUUUUUCUUUCCCCCUUUCUUGCUUCCUUCCUACCUGGAAACUUCGUCGGAGUUUCCACCUCCGAGUUCUCCAACCACUGUCGCUGCCGUCUUCAACUACCACCUCAAUCCCAUAAAAACCAUUCCAACCACCCUCUUCCUCUCUUUUCAAUAUGCGCGAACGAUCUAAUUAGGUUUUUGUGCCUCUAAUGCAGCAACCACCACCAAUUCUCACCCGGAAUUCAAUCAAUCCGGAGGAUCUACUUCACCAUGUCCGUCACUCGGUCGCCGUGUUGCCACGCGCUUUCUUUCGGCUCACACCGUUCUUCUUUGGCCGGAGUUAAUUCUACAACUUCCAAACCCUAUGUGUCAUUCACCCGAACUACUCGCUUCUUACAGUUAUCGUCUUCCAAGUUACCUAGGAAUAGUUGGAGAUUUUCAUGCUUUAAGCAUGAUGAAUCUUCUUUGGAAUAUAGCGUCUCCGGAACUUCAGAAGAUAUGUUGCCAGGAGAGAUGGUGGAAUUGGAGAAACAACAACCAAAUGUGAAGCAUGGUUGGGUUUCAAACUUCAAAAAGGUUGCAGAUGCUAUAUUUAGUGCAGAACCAUGGGCCGUGCCAUGGACAGCUAAGACCAUUUUGCAGGUAAUGCUUCUGUGGAUCACCUCAUUUUGGUUGGUAGGAUCUUGGAUAAUACCAUUUGUCGCUCACACAGCAGGUUUCAGAAAGGAGUAUCUAACAUACAGAGGACAAGCGUUAUACAGCCUUUUAACAGACAUCGUGGAGGGUGUAACCGGAAUUGCAAUUCUCAAACUUUGCCUUUCAAGCUUUCGUCCCCUUUCAUCUGAUUGGUUCAAGUUUAGCUUCAAAGGAAAUUGGCAUUUUGAUGUCGGUUUAGGAUGCUUAAUGUUUCCAUUGGUCAACCGUCUCUCGCAAGUCAAUUUAAACUUAGUACCCAUGCCUCCCCCUACUCCAAUCACAGUCUCCAACGUCGAGCAGUCAAUAGUUGCACGCGAUCCAAUGGCGAUGUUGCUUUAUGCCAUUGUUGUUUCUGUUUGUGCCCCUAUUUGGGAGGAAAUCGUCUUUCGAGGGUUUCUUCUUCCUUCAUUAACAAGGUACAUGCCCGUGUGGUGCUCGAUUUUGGUAAGUUCAAUAGCUUUUGCGUUGGCACAUUUUAAUAUGCAAAGAAUGCUGCCCCUUGUGUUUCUUGGGAUGGUAAUGGGUACGGUUUUUGCACGGUCGAGAAACUUGUUACCGUCUAUGCUGUUACAUAGCCUUUGGAACGCCUUUGUAUUUAUUGAUCUUAUGAGGUGAUGUUACAUACCCGUCCCAGAUCCUAUUUGUUUUGACCAGUUAUGUAACCGUACCGAUGUUUUAUUGUUUUUUAAUCAGUUGGAUGUUUGUACUGCAGUCGAGUUGGUAUAGGUUCAUUGUAUAACGACAUUAGACGUCAAAUUGGAUGUUGAUCUGUGUAAAUCAAUGUUAAAAGCAAGCUGAUAAUGGUCACAGUGUUGUCCAAAAA